CUUUCCCUGGUCGUGGCCCAGUCUUGACAGCUUGAGCCAUCCGGAAUGGCAUAUUUACAUCUUACCCAGACCGUGGCGGACGCUUUCAACGCGCUUGCGGACGAGGUGCAGAUUUUGUCGGAUCGCAAGACGAUACUGGAGCAUAAGCUGCGUUUUGCGCAUGAACAGUUCCAGUAUUUGGCCGAUAAAUAUGCGCCAGCUGCACCAGAAAUAGAAGAAAGUAUAGCGAAGUUGCAGCUUCCAGCGCAGACAACCGUCGAUGAUACUCUACCUGUGCCUCUCCCCAAGCAUCGAACGCCGCAGUCCCAGGCUCAGGUUGCCCUCAUCAUUCGUGACGGACGACGCGCUGCGAACAAACUGGUUGCCUCGCUAGGUGAAGCCAGUAAGACCACAGCAUCAUCCAGAGAUACGGUGUCUCAAACCUCCCAUGUAGAAACCUCCGUGUCGACAACUGCUUUGGAACAAGACUUUACAGUUGAAGAUAAGAAAGGCAAAUUGCAGUGCCCCUUUGCUAAGGAAGCUGCUGCUAAUGGGAACAAAGAACCGAAGCCUGAAUCCGGCCCGGACUUGACUCCAAAUCAAUCUGAAGACCCUGUUUGUGUUGCCAUGUGCGAAGAAGAGACGUUUCAGCAAGACGCCGUAAACGAAACACAGCCCAGCAAAUGCCCUAUCCGAUUUCUAGAGACUCCACAGGAGAUUGCUCAAUACGUUGAAGUGCACAAAAAUGAGAUUCCUCGAAGCCAUGAAGUCUGUGUGCGGAGAUACCAGGGCAACGAGCAGCAGGUUAGGAAAUUGGAUGCAAAGUAUGGAAAUAUUGUGAGCAUGAUUGAAGACCUAAGCCAUCUCCACAAGCCAAUGCUGCCCGGAGACGAGGAGCGCACACGCCGGCACAGCAAUACUUCGAAAAAUUCAAACGACCGAGUGGAGAGCUGGGCACAUGCUGUUACUGUUAGCGCCAGCACAGACCCAGAGGUCCCCGCCGAGCCACCAGUCGAUAUCGACGAGGGCCGACAAAGUCAUUUCGACCGGCCAUUGAAGGAGGUCCGAGUAGGAGAAUCACCAAGCCGGCCCUGGGGUAUCUCUGUACCGACAUACAAACAGCCCAGGAACGAGCCCAUGUCGCCGCCUCCUGCCCCUGUGCGGAUGCCGAGUCCUGUACGGAACACUGAAGCACCAGCAAAACCAGCAGGGAAAUGCCCUUUUGACCACACAGCAAUGAAGCAGCCUGCUUUUGCUGGGCUGAAUAUCACGUCCUCACCCGACCCCCAGGUUAAGAAGGAUACCGUUUCCAACACACAAUUUCAAACGCCUUUGACGCCUACAAAGGAGCCUCAGGAGCAUCAUGCCUCUCAGGGGAACCCUACCUUUAUACCACAACCUACCUUUAUCAGCCCGGAUAUAUCGAAAGCCCCGAAUGGCCCUCAGAUGGUCUUCACCGGCCCUGUUUUUAUCGGAUAUCCCAUGGAGCAAGCCAUUCAAUUUAUGAAUCAGUAUCAACGGACUUCUUAAGGCGGUCUUUUCGAGCUCAUGUCUCUUUUCCUCUUACUCAUUUUUUAUUACUUGACGGUCCAAGUUUACGACAGAUGUUUACUUUAGCGACGAUGAUGAUUUGAUUUAAGAAUCUUACUUUGCUCGUUUGUAUAAUUCUCUUUACAGCGGUGGCGUUAUGCCUUUUUCUUCUUCCUACCCCUUUGAGAAUGGCGAGAGAUGACACAGAAUCAGGGCUUAUCUUUUUCAUGCUUUUUUUUUUUUAAACCAGAUUUUCUUUCCCGCCGCAUGAUUCUACUGAGUCUGCGGUUAUGUUUUAUUACGACAUGGUAGCGAGCGGACUGCGAUUUUCUCGGAUUUGGGGUAUUACAGGAGAUUGCUCCGACAAAGCUAUAGCAUAGAAUGGAAUGAAAGCUACUAGCUAUAUUGACAUUUAUAUUGCCCUUCAUGAAAAACUUCAGUUGCAUUGCUUUCCGAGAAACCUUGGCACGAAAUACGCCUUGUGAAAUGCAGCACAUCUAAAAAGAUGACAAUUCCUAUUCUAUCCCAACAGCCGCGCGCAUAAAUCCUAAAGUAAAAUCAGGUAAAAGCCAUCAUGACGCUCCCCCCCUCAAGCCCAUAAAAAUGUUCUAGUCUCUAUUCAACUUUGUCGUUUUCGCAUCACCGUCGCCCUCAUCAUCAUACGCAUCACCCCAGCCAUCAUCCACCUGCGUGUCCCACAGAGAAACAU